AUGACUGUUUCUGUGCCAGUACCGGUAGAUGGCGAAAUGCUUGACGUUCCUAAAAUGGAAGGUACAAAUGGAACCAACGGAUUUCACAAGAUAGACCAAGUUACUACGAAAUCCGCUACAAAUGGCCACAACGGCGCAAAUUCGUCGAGCAACUCUAUCCCGCUGAAUACAGACUACGCGUAUAAACCACGCAAAAUGCGCGUCGUAACCAUUGGAGCAGGCUUCUCAGGUCUCUUAAUGGCGCAUAAAUUCCAACAUCGAUUUCCUGAGCUGGAAGAAUUUGUGGAUCAUACGAUAUAUGAAGCCCGAAACGAUGUCGGGGGCACAUGGUUGAUCAAUACAUACCCAGGUGUCCAGUGCGAUGUCCCCGCACACAUCUACGCGUUCCCUUUCGAUCCGAAUCCUGAUUGGAGCCGGUUUUACUCCAGUGGAGACGAGAUCCAGGCGUACAUCAAACGGACAGUAAAGAAGUGGAAUUUGGACCGGGAUCUUCAGCUUAACACGAGAGUAGCCGGUGCCUAUUGGGAAGAAGAUCACGGGCGCUGGAGAUUGGUUAUUGAGCAUGAGGGCGAACAGCGAGAGGAAUACUGCGAUGUUCUAAUCUCAGCUCAAGGUGUACUUGUUCAUCCCUCGUGGCCUGAUAUUCCUGGAUUGUCCGAUUUCAAAGGCCACACAACUCACUCGGCACACUGGGAUCAUGAAUUCGACUAUUCUAACAAGCGCAUCGCAGUUAUUGGAAAUGGCUCGUCCGGCAUUCAAAUCACACCACAAAUGGCCAAGCUCCCCGGAACGGAGGUUGUCAACUUCAUGCGAAGCCCAGCUUGGGUUUAUUAUCGCGUACCGCCAUCAAAGCACCUAGGACGCGAUGUGGAUGAUGCUAACCCUGCGUAUUUGGAAGAGGAGCGGGAGAAGUUUCAGGAUCCCGAGGCCCACAAAGACUACAGAAAGGCUAUCAUCUCGCGUACUAAUAAGGCCUUCCGCUUGUUCAUCAAAGGCGAAAAUAACGAAGCAGCAGUUCGAUUUGGCGCACAGCAAAUGGCCGAAAAGCUUAACCAUGACCCCGAUCUCUGCGAGAAGCUGAUCCCAAAAUGGGAGGUCGGUUGUCGCCGCGUCACUCCAGGGCCAGGAUAUCUAGAAUCCUUUGCAAAGCCAAAUUGCAAUCUUAGCAAUAGCACUAUUACUAAGAUUACGGAAAAUGCAGUUCACACAGCAGACGGAAAUGUCUUCGAAUGUGAUGUCGUGAUCUGUGCUACGGGUUUCGAUGUCUCCCAUUGCCCUCGCUACCCAAUAGUUGGACAGGACGGGACCAGUUUAGCACAGAAAUGGGAAGAUGAACCGAAUUCCUACCUUUCAGUUGCCACCGCCAACUUCCCCAAUUACUUUAUCAUGAUGGGACCUAACUGUCUAGGCGGACAUGGCUCUCUAGUUGAAUCUCUCAACUGGACGGGAGAUUACUUCGUGAAAUGGAUAAAGAAGAUGGCGACUGAAGAUAUCAAAUACGUCGUACCGAAGCAUGCUGCUGAAGAUGCGUUUGGGAAAUACGGUGACGAAAUUCACAAAACCUUGGUCUGGACCGGCGGUUGUAAGAGUUGGUACAAGCGCAACAAGGUGGAUGGCCGGGUUACUGCACUGUUUGGUGGCAGUGCGAUUUUGUUCCAGAGACUGAUCAGUGAUAUUCGGCCGGAAGACUUCGAGAUCGAGUAUAACAGUGCUAAUCGGUUCCGGUUCAUGGGGAAUGGGUUUACUGAGUUUGAGAUGAAGGAGGGAAAUGAUUUGUCUUUCUAUGUCGAGAUCGCUGAUGAGUCGCCGUCGUGUUGA